GUCCGGUUUAGAGAGGAAGUUUUCAUUCAGGAAUAAUUUCUAAAUGGUCAUGUGCUCUUAGAGCGCUCUUCAACUAUUUUAUCUUUGUCGGCGGCAUUCUCGUCUGUUUUUGAACAUGUUCUUCGACAUAUAGCGAAGUGUUCGUGUGUUCUAUAAUGCCGCAUGAUAAAACGCGCGCUGCGGGCGGUGUGACUCUGGACCGCAGGAGAGCUCUGACCAUCACAGCCAUGGGAAAACUGGACAGCUGUCGGAGUGCAGAUCCCUUUAAAAUCCCCAAGAGGAGAGUCUCUGGUGAAGGUGAUCGUGCAGAUGCAGAUGUGGCCAAAUGUGCGAGAAAGUAUCCCAAGAUCCACUGGUCACAGCUGGCUUCCAGUGGAGCAUCCUCUCAGCCAAAUCGUCAUCACAAUGGGAGCCAAACAGUAGAUCAUUAUCAAAAUGAUCUGUCUGAGUUGGACAUUAACAGUCGACAGGUGAAGGUGAUUUUGACAGAUGUCCUCCAGACCGAAGAAGGGAGAAGAUACUUGAGUAGUUGUGGCCGUGAUUCCAAAAAGAAGUGCCAAACUGAGCUUAAAAGAGGAGCCAGGGAGAGGCGGAGUGAUGGAAGAUUAUCAGCAGAGCGCAGGGAUAGGAGAUCUAGUCCAGUUCACAAUAAGCAAUUAAACUCCCCAUCCUCUAAAGGGACUGAAUCAGCAUCUACUGAGGAGAACGAUAUACCACAGCCUAAAGAAACCAAAUCUCCACUUCCCAAGAGACUCAGAAGAUUCAACAAUUCACUAAAACAAACAGAGCCCACCACUUCUGACGAGAAUGAAUCAUGUUCACUUGAUGGAACUGUCUUUGCACAUAUUCCAGUGCCCAAACAGAAAGAAUCUAGAUCUGACACUGAAGAGAAUGAAUCAUAUCCACUUGAGCAAAGUGACUCUGCAAAGUGUACAAGUGCCAGUCCACUUAAUUCGGAUGGAACCAACAUCCCUGAUGAUAAGCAGAUCUCUGAAUGCAUUGUCACAGACACUCGGAGACACACUUCACUGUCACUGUCAAGGCACUGCCAUAGAAUGGAGCACUCAGGAAGUGAAGUACAUUCCACCCAGCAUAACACCAGCAAAAGAAAAAUUCAAGAGAGUGCAAAGAAAAUAGAAGAAGAGGGAAAGAAUGAUCAGGAGAAGGUAGAAGCUGUGGCGAAUGGCGAGAUGAUAGAGGAGGGAGGGGCCAGAGGGAGCGUCCUACGUCUAUCUCUUGGGGCAGUUGGGGACCAGCUGGAAAUGACAUUGGCCGAUGGAGAGGUGCCACCCAAGCGCUGUGAGCCACAGAGCACAGACGCAGACUCCAGAAAGGUGUCUAAACUAAAUACACCUGAACCGAUUAUUCUUUCCAGUGAGGAUGAGGAUGAAGAGGAAAAAAGCAGGACAUCACACCUUCAGACACUAGAGGGAGUUAAGGAUCCACAGACAGUGCAGAGACUUGCAUUGACUGUGGAGAGAAAAAAGACUCCAGAUCCACACACUCAGGCCUCAGAGAUGCACAACCAGGCCUCCGGCUUUGUGGACCCUUCUUUGAGUGAUUCUCCAGUGAUUGAUCUUCAGUUCUCUGCUCUCUACAUGGAAGGGCUUAGUGCCUUGUCCAGUGGGCUUAUAAAGAUCGCACAUGAUAGAAUGACCAUUUCACUGAAAGACCCUUCAGGUACAGAGGUGAUAGCUUCCUUGGCAACAGCACAUGUGCGCAAGUACAGUGUUUGGGAAGGACUUAUGGUGCAAGACAGCGCACUGGUUAAACAAAACGAAACCCCACCCCCAUCUUUGCUCCUCCUGUGGCUGUCUGAAGCUCAGGCACGGCGCCUGUUCAUCGAACUGUCCGUCAUACAGCCGGGGUUACGCCCAGCUGAGGGCAGUGUGUGUGUGUUGCUGUGUGUUUCUGAGCCACUGAAGGGAAUAGAGGGUGCCCUGCUUGCUUCUAUAAUGGACAUUGUGGGUCUGAAACGUGGAACCACUGAUCUCCUUUCCCCGCUUACCCACUCGGAGAGCAUGAAACUCCUACAGAGUGGCCGAGACACGCAACUGCUACAGUUGCUGCGCCCCAGAACAGAUACACAUGCCUCCUCGCAUGAGUCUGUAAGUGCACCAGCAUCUGCAGGCACUACUACAACUCCGCUUACGGAACCAGAUGUCCAGGCAAACUCUGUCUACACGUUGUGUCACAGGAGAGCUCAAGGCUCUUAUAAUGUAUCUAUGGCAACUGGACCUGGACUAGAAUGGACCGCAUACAGGCACCGUGGUCCUGCACGCAGGUUGAUCCAGUUUCCUCCACCACCAUGCAAAGGAGCCAUUACUGUGACCACUGAGGACCUGGAGUGCUUGGAUAGUGGGGAGUUUCUCAAUGAUGUCAUCAUUGAUUUCUACCUCAAGUAUCUGUUGGUGCAGAAGGCCCCUCGUUCUUCAGCAAAGAGAUCUCAUGUUUUUAGCAGCUUCUUCUACAAGCAGCUCACCCGGCGUGACAAUGCUAAUGAAGACAGCACCAGCACACCAGCCCAGCUCAGAAGGCACCAGCGUGUGAGAACAUGGACACGUCAUGUGGACAUAUUUGAGAAAGACUUCCUGUUUGUGCCUGUCAAUCAAGAAGCUCAUUGGUAUCUAGUGGUAGUGUGUUUCCCUGGGAUGGAUGAACCCCAGUUGAUGGAGAGGGAAGGCCAGGACUCUGUGCAGGAAGGGACAGAGACCUCUAGUGACUCCAUGGUUGGGAGUGAGAAUCAAGAGGCUAGCAGGCACCACAGUGACGGAGAUAAAAGUUCAGACGAAAACAGUUCAAGAUGUAUUUCCACUCCUGGUCCACCAAACUGCACAGAAAAGACAUGUAAGCGCAAGACUGUCUGUAAGAGACCCUGCAUUCUCAUAAUGGACUCUUUGAAACUAUCUGUUCAUGAGCGCAUCUUCAAGCUCCUUCGCGAGUACUUGCAAGUGGAGUGGGAGGUUAAAAGAGGUGGGCAGCGUGACUUCAGUGCAGAGCGGAUGGUGGGCUCACACUGCCGAGUCCCCCUGCAGGACAACAGUAGUGACUGUGGCUUGUAUUUACUGCAGUAUGCAGAGAGCUUUUUACAGGAUCCUGUGGUACACUUUGAUCUUCCACUGAGGCUGGAGUGCUGGUUUCCACGACAACAGGUGCGUGAGAAACGGGAGGAAAUUCGGGACCUUGUGCUACACCUAUACCGAUUUCAGCAAGGCUCUCUGGGAAAUGAAGGCUCAGAGGACAAAAUUGAAAUAGGGAAUGUAGUUCAGUGACACAGUGCAUUCAGGAGCAUAUGCUUAUUUUAUCCAACUUUUAUUUAUCGCUUUUAUUUUGCUUGUUCCCUUGUUUUAGGCCUUUUAUAUGUUUUUAUGCUUUUUUACACAUGCAAAAACAUGAAUUUAGAACAUAAUAAAUUUUUGAGGCUUAACUGAAAA